AUGGCCUUAGUUAAAGAGAUAAUGGGUCAUCCUCUGAUAUCAGGAAGGCCGUCACUUGUUUUCUCGGCUUCUCAUUUCAAGAAGAAGACACAGACAACGCAAUUCUCGAUCAAGCCUUUUGAUCGGAGACCAAACACGUCCAAAUCCGGCGUCGUUUCCGCCAUUAGUGAAGAUUUAGUAAAAACGCUGCGUUUUAGCACAACAACCGGAGACAGAAAGAGCGAGGAGGAGGAGAAAGCGGCGGUGAAAUUCAAAGUGAGAGCUGUUGUUACAGUGAGGAACAAGAACAAGGAGGAUUUUAAGGAGACUCUUUUUAAGCACUUGGAUGCUUUUGGUGACAAGAUCGGUCGGAACAUCGUCUUGGAGCUUAUUAGCACCGAACUUGAUCCAAAAACGAAUUUGCCGAAGAAGAGCAAUGCAGCGGUGUUAAAGGAUUGGUCAGAGAAAUCGAAAACCAAGGCGGAGAGGGUUCAUUACACGGCGGAGUUCACAGUCGACGCAGCGUUUGGCACGCCGGGAGCCAUCACCAUCAUGAAUAAACACCAGAAAGAGUUUUUUCUAGAGUGCAUAACCAUCGAAGGUUUCGCACUUGGCCCUGUUCACUUUCCAUGCAACUCUUGGGUUCAGUCCCAAAAUGAUCACCCUGAGAAACGAAUCUUCUUCACUAAUCAGCCGUUUUUGCCGAGUGAGACACCUGAAGGAUUAAGAAAACUAAGGGGGAAAGAGUUGAAGAAUCUAAGAGGAGAUGGGACUGGAGUCAGGAAGUUAUCAGACAGAAUCUAUGACUUUAAUGUCUACAACGAUCUUGGAAAUCCCGACAAGUCAUAUGAACUCUCUCGUCCGAAGCUCGGUGGCAGAGAGAGGCCUUACCCUAGACGGUGUCGCACUGGUCGCCAGCCAACUGAUACCGAUAAUGAAGCGGAGAGCCGAGUGGAAAAGCCAUUACCUAUGUACGUGCCACGAGACGAGCAAUUUGAAGAGACUAAGCAGGAUACUUUCGCCGCAGGGAGGUUAAAAGCGGUGUUACACCACCUUGUUCCGUCGCUUAAAGCUAGUAUUUUAGCUGAUGACUUUUCUGACUUUGGAGAGAUUGAUGAUCUCUACAAAGAAGGCUUGCUACUCAAGUUAGGGUUUCAAGAUGAGAUCUUUAACAAGUUCCCUUUGCCUAAGGGCAUCGUUAAUACCCUCCAAGAAUCUUCGAAAGGACUCCUCAAAUACGACACUCCGAAAAUAUUAUCGAAGGAUAAAAACGCAUGGCUACGAGAUGACGAGUUCGCACGUCAAGCCAUAGCUGGAAUCAAUCCAGUCAACAUUGAGAGAGUCAAGACUUUCCCACCCGUCAGUAAUCUAGACCCCGAAAUAUACGGUCCACAACACUCCGCUCUCACUUCCGACCACAUCAUCGGACAUCUUGACGGCUUGUCCGUUCAACAAGCGCUGGAAGAGAACAGAUUGUUUAUGUUGGAUUACCACGACAUAUUCUUACCGUUCCUGGACCGGAUCAAUGCGCUCGACGGACGCAAAGCAUAUGCUACUCGAACCAUAUUCUUCUUGACUCGUCUCGGAACACUUAAGCCCGUAGCCAUCGAGCUGAGCCUCCCUUCCCAUGGCCCGAACCACCGAUCCAAACGAGUUGUUACACCUCCUGUCGAUGCAACCUCUAACUGGGUGUGGCAGCUCGCUAAAGCACAUGUUAGCUCUAACGAUGCUGGAGUCCACCAACUUGUCAACCACUGGUUACGAACACAUGCAUGCUUGGAACCGUUUAUAAUAGCUGCACAUAGGCAAUUAAGCGCUAUGCAUCCGAUAUUUAAACUAUUGGAUCCACACAUGAGGUACACGUUGGAGAUCAAUGCACUGGCUAGACAAUCAUUGAUCAGUGCAGACGGUGUGAUUGAAGGAGGUUUCACUGCUGGCCAAUACGGUUUGGAAAUGAGCUCCGCAGCAUACAAAAGUAGUUGGCGGUUCGAUAUGGAAGGCCUCCCUGCCGAUCUCAUUCGCAGAGGAAUGGCAGUUCCAGACCCAACACAACCACAUGGACUUAAACUCCUGAUCGAAGACUAUCCAUAUGCGAACGACGGUCUUUUAAUAUGGUCCGCAAUCCAAACAUGGGUCCGAACUUACGUGGAACGUUACUAUCCAAACUCGAACUCAAUCCAGACAGACUCGGAACUCCAAUCAUGGUACUCCGAGUCAAUCAACGUAGGCCAUGCAGAUCUACGCGAAGCCGAGUGGUGGCCAAAGUUAGACACCGUGGACGACCUAGUCUCCAUCCUCACCACACUAGUCUGGCUCGCCUCCGCUCAACACGCCGCUCUCAACUUCGGACAGUAUCCGUAUGGAGGUUACGUCCCAAACCGACCUCCGCUGAUGCGACGGUUAAUCCCUGACGAGUCGGAUCCGGAGUACGCAAGUUUUAUCUCGGAUCCAGAGAAAUUUUAUUUUUCGUCCAUGCCGAGUUUGUUGCAAACGUCGAAGUUUAUGGCGGUGGUUGAUACUUUGUCAACGCAUUCGCCUGAUGAGGAGUAUAUAGGGGAGAGACAACAACCGUCCACUUGGACCGGAGAUGCGGAGAUUGUUGAUGCGUUUUAUGGAUUUGCGGCGGAGAUUGGACGGAUUGAAAAAGAGAUUGAGAAAAGAAACAGUGAUCCUAGCCGUAGAAACAGGUGUGGAGCUGGAGUUUUGCCUUACGAGUUGUUGGUUCCUAGUUCUGAGCCAGGUGUUACGUGCAGAGGUGUACCUAAUAGUGUAUCGAUAUAGAAUGAGAUUAAAUAUAGGAGAAAACGUAGAAAUCUGUUAUUAUAUGAUUUUUGAAAAUGAAAUAAAAUAUAUAAUUGGUACA